AUGCUUAAAUUUCGGCUCAUACGAAGGCCAUCGGUGCAGAACGUCUGGACGUCAUUUAUUCGAUAUACUCAUGCUAACGCACCAACUAAAUUAGAAGCACUUCAAAAAAGAAUUGAAGACAUCCCGAUCGAAAACUAUAGAAACUUUUCCAUCGUUGCUCAUGUGGAUCAUGGUAAAUCUACCUUGAGUGACAGGUUACUGGAAUUGACAAACGUCAUUAAGCAAGGAGAUGGAAACAAACAGGUAUUGGAUAAACUAGAAGUUGAAAGAGAAAGAGGCAUUACCAUCAAAGCUCAAACCUGUUCAAUGUUUUACCAUGAUAAGAGAAAUUGCAAGGACUAUUUGCUACACCUGGUCGAUACUCCUGGUCAUGUCGAUUUCAGAGGUGAGGUGUCAAGAUCAUAUGCAUCCUGUGGUGGUGCUCUCUUACUGGUGGAUGCCUCUCAGGGUGUACAAGCACAAACUGUUGCAAAUUUUUACCUUGCAUACAGCAUGGGCUUGACGCUUGUACCCGUGAUUAAUAAAAUAGAUUUGGACCUCGCCGAUAUUGCACAGGCAGAAGACCAAAUAGUGAACACAUUUGAACUACCUGAAGAGGAUAUCAUACGUGUAAGUGCCAAAACGGGGCUUAACAUAAAAGCUGAUUUGCUACCAGCUAUUAUCGACCGUAUUCCGCCUCCACAAGGUCUCAGCACGAAGCCAUUCAGGGCCCUUUUAGUAGAUUCCUGGUAUGACUCUUACAUGGGAGUCGUGUUACUGGUACACAUAGUUGACGGAAAACUCCGAAAGGGCGAUAAAAUUAUUAGUGCUCAAACGGAUAAGAAGUAUGAGAUCAGAGAAAUUGGUAUCAUGUAUCCCGAUAGGAUACCUACUGGAUCCCUCAGCACCGGGCAAGUUGGCUAUAUUGUUCCAGGUAUGAAAGCUUCGAAAGAGGCGAAGAUUGGAGACACAUUAAUGCACUUUGGUCGUGAAUCGGAAACGGAAGUCCUCCCAGGGUUUGAAGAAACGAAACCGAUGGUAUUUGUUGGUGCAUUUCCCGCGGAUGGUGCUGAAUUCAAAGCUUUGGAUGACGAUAUCAACAGGUUGGUGCUGAAUGAUAGAUCCGUUUUGUUACAGCGUGAAACAUCUAAUGCUUUAGGACAGGGCUGGAGAUUGGGUUUUCUUGGUUCACUACAUGCAUCGGUGUUCAGAGAACGAUUAGAAAAAGAGUACGGAUCGAAAUUAAUUAUUACUCAGCCAACUGUGCCGUAUCUGAUCAAAUUCAGAGAUGGAACAGAUAAGAUCAUCACUAACCCUGACGACUUUCCAGACUUGGCUCUGCGUAAAACGAAAAUAAUGUGUUUUCAGGAACCUUAUGUUGAGGCUAUAAUGACCUUACCACAAGAAUAUCUCGGAAGCGUCAUAAAAUUAUGCGAUAAUAAUCGGGGGCAGCAAAUUGAGAUAUCCUGUUUGAACAUGACAGGUCAAGUUAUGCUAAAAUACCAUUUACCUUUAGCACAACUUGUUGACGAUUUCUUCGGCAAGUUAAAGUCGGUGUCGAGAGGCUAUGCAUCCCUUGAUUACGAAGAUAUUGGAUACUUCGAUUCUGAUGUUGUCAAGCUAGAACUACUAGUAAAUGGCAAGGGGGUGGAUGCGUUAGCUCAAGUUAUGCAUAGAUCUCAAGUUGAUCGUGUUGGCAAAGAAUGGGUGACAAAAUUUAAAGAAUUUAUCAAAUCUCAACUAUACGAAGUGGUAAUCCAAGCAAGAGCAAAUGGUAAGAUAUUGGCUCGUGAGACAAUAAAAGCAAGAAGAAAGGAUGUUUUGGCUAAAUUGCAUGCAUCCGACGUUUCCAGAAGGAAGAAGUUACUUUCAAAACAGAAAGAGGGUAAAAAACAACUAAGGAGUAUCGGCAAUGUCCAGGUUAGUCAAGAAGCCUACCAAGCCUUUUUAAGAAGAUAG